AUGCCUGCUCCUCACGGUGGUAUUCUACAAGACUUGAUUGCUAGAGAUGCGUCAAAAAAGAACGAAUUGUUGUCUGAAGCCCAAUCCUCAGACAUUUUAGUAUGGAAUUUGACUCCAAGACAACUUUGUGAUAUUGAAUUGAUUUUGAACGGUGGAUUUUCUCCUCUAACUGGGUUUUUGAACGAAAACGAUUACUCCUCUGUUGUUACGGAUUCGAGGUUAGCCGACGGCACAUUGUGGACUAUCCCUAUUACAUUAGAUGUUGAUGAAGCAUUCGCCAACCAAAUUAAACCAGACACAAGAAUUGCCCUGUUCCAAGAUGAUGAAAUUCCUAUUGCUAUACUUUCUGUCCAGGACGUUUACAAGCCCAACAAAACUAUCGAAGCCGAAAAAGUUUUUAGAGGUGACCCAGAACAUCCAGCUAUUAGCUACUUAUUUAACGUUGCUGGUGACUAUUACGUCGGUGGUUCUUUAGAGGCCAUUCAAUUACCUCAACAUUAUGACUAUCCAGGUUUGCGUAAGACUCCUGCCCAACUAAGACUCGAAUUCCAAUCAAGACAAUGGGACCGUGUCGUCGCUUUCCAAACUCGUAAUCCAAUGCACAGAGCUCACAGGGAGCUAACCGUGAGAGCCGCCAGAGAAGCCAAUGCUAAAGUGCUGAUUCAUCCAGUUGUCGGAUUAACUAAACCAGGUGAUAUAGACCAUCACACUCGUGUUCGUGUCUACCAGGAAAUCAUUAAGCGUUAUCCUAAUGGUAUAGCUUUCUUGUCCCUGUUGCCAUUAGCGAUGAGAAUGAGUGGUGAUAGAGAAGCCGUAUGGCACGCAAUUAUUAGAAAGAAUUAUGGUGCCUCCCACUUCAUCGUUGGUAGAGACCAUGCGGGCCCAGGUAAGAACUCCAAGGGUGUUGAUUUCUACGGUCCAUACGAUGCUCAGGAAUUGGUCGAAUCCUACAAGCAUGAAUUGGACAUUGAAGUUGUUCCAUUCAGAAUGGUCACUUAUUUACCAGACGAAGACCGUUAUGCCCCAAUUGACCAAAUUGAUACCACAAAAACAAGAACUCUGAACAUUUCAGGUACAGAAUUGAGACGUCGUUUAAGAGUCGGUGGUGAAAUCCCUGAAUGGUUUUCAUACCCUGAAGUGGUUAAAAUCUUGAGAGAAUCGAACCCACCAAGGCCCAAACAAGGGUUUUCUAUUGUUUUAGGUGAUUCAUUAACCGUUUCCCGUGAGCAACUAUCCAUUGCCUUGUUAUCAACGUUCUUGCAAUUCGGUGGUGGCAGAUAUUAUAAGAUUUUCGAACACAACAAUAAGACAGAAUUACUAUCUUUGAUUCAAGACUUCAUUGGUUCUGGUAGCGGGCUGAUUAUUCCAAGUCAGUGGGAAGAUGAAAAGGACUCUGUUGUUGGCAAGCAAAACGUUUACUUAUUAGAUACCUCAAGUUCAGCUGACAUCCAACUAGAGUCAGCAAAUGAACCUAUUUCACAUAUUGUGCAAAAAGUUGUCUUGUUUUUGGAAGACAAUGGCUUUUUUGUGUUUUAA